AUGAGUGCGAGAUGGAGAAAGGGUCGAAAAAGCGUAAAGGAGGCGCAGAAAAAGCCCGUGAUAAAACACAGAAAAAGCUGCAAGCAGAUGCAGAAAAGUGCAGGAAACUGGACAACCUGUUUUGCAGUGAGGAACUACAGCAUAUCCAGAGAGCAGAAAAGGAAAAGUUAGAGUUCAGUAGCUCUGCUUCGUUAGUAACGCCGUUUAAGGAGAGACUGUGGGCCCAUCUCAAAUGUCGCCUAUGCCCUACUUAGUGUACUUCCUAACAGUACAAAACAUUUCUUUUAACAGUCGCUGAAUGAUUAAUAAGUAGUUACAAGCUACUGGUGGAUAUCAGGGGCUUUAAACCAGCCGUUUUGAGGACGAUUUUUGUAAAAGUUCUAUGAUGUCAUGUCCAACAUAGUGCACUACAUAGGGAGGUGGAUAUAAUUUGACAUGGUACCAUUAGUCUCUGCUGUUCAGAAAAAGUAAACACUAUUGUGUCCUCUAUAACAGCGAUUUUUCAACUGGUGGGUCGCGACCCAAAAGUGGGUCGCGGACACGUUCUGGGCGGGUCGCGGACAGCUUGUAAAAAAAUAAAUACAUUAAAAAAAUUUUUACAAAUAAUUAAUGCGCAUCUGAUUUUGUACUCGUCUUUUACCUGGAAAAAAAGAGACGGAGAGAGGCACGCAUCCGACGCGCGCAGCAUUCUCGUUGCCAUGGUAACCACCAUUCAUAACCCGGAGUAUUUGAAAUGUGGAUUUUCGUUCAUUGAGGACAAACACUGACAGAAACCCCAGUGUGUUAUUUGUAAUGAAGUGCUGGCACACGAGAGCAUGAAACCAUCCAAACUAAUGCGACAUUUACAAACGAAACAUCCCGCAUGUAAAGACAAGCCGGUGGAGUUUUUUCAAAGACGACUUCAUGAGCUGAAGGUAUCACAGAAGUGUCUGACAGCAUCUUGCUCCAAACAAGAACAUGCGCUCCGGGCGAUGUGAUGGCUGAGUAUCCAUCUCUCGCCACUCUUGCAGUCAAAACGAUCCUACCAUUCAGCACGACCUAUCUUUGUGGAAGUAGCUUUUCUACCUUGGUCCAGCUCAAGUCAAAGCAGAGAAACAGGUUGAACACUGAGCAUGAUAGCUCUGUCUACUGUCACCCCAGACUGAUCAAAAGUAAAGUAGGCCUACAUGCCCAACUGUCUCACUGACUUCCACAAAAGACAGGCGCUGGUUCCUGAUUCAGAACAACCACCUUAUGUACAAGAAGAAAUCCGGGCAGAAUAUCAUGGUGGUCAUAGCUGAUUUACGCCUGUGCACGGCCAAACACUACAAGAGCAUCGGACGCCGUUGCUGCUUCCAGGUGGUUUCACCUACAAAGAUCUGGGUAUUGCAGGCCGAUUCAGAGGAGAGAAGAGAGGCUUGGAUCAGAACCAUUCAGAACAUGGUUGCUAACACCGAUGGUGACAGAACAGACGAAUCCAUCACUUCCCAAUCAAAUGAGGUGGUGGAUUUGAGCCCAAAACAGGAAGGAUCCAGUAGCUCCUCUGAAUCACGAGGAUCCCAACACACAGAGAGAGACUCGCUACGUCCACCAUCCACUUCUGGAACCUCAGCUGAGCUGAGUCUUGGCGAAAUUGUGCUGGAAUCGGCUGCUGUGUUGGAUUCCCUCUCUGAUGCUUCUCUAGCGAGCAGUGUCGAGAGCAUUGAAGGUACAGUUGGAGGGACCUCACACAUCGAAGAGAGCCCGGUGGAACUGAGCACCAGCACCUCCUCCAGCAACUUCAUCCACACAGCUGGUGAGAAGAGCACGACUACAGGAAAGCACUCGGUCCAGAGAGGCAGCGCUCCUUCCAAAGGUCUGUCCAGCCUUACAUCUUUCAUAGAACAAAUAUUAUCUAGAGCUUAAAUCAUGCUGCUCUUGAGUUUUUUAUUGAGUUUUUUACUUUUACUGAGGAGUUUCUAUCAGA